CACGUGGUCGGAAAAUAACCGAGCAGCCCUCCAACUCCUUCCGGGUUGGGAAUUGAAGUCAUUCGGCAACCCGCCGUUCAGUCUCCUAUAGCCGGCUUCCUAAAGGAGGAGGGCGGCUCAGGCUAGAAGAGGCAGCUCCCGGCUCUUCCUCCUCCCCUCCCCAUCAGCACAAUGGCCAGUCUCCUGCGCGCGGUCGUCAGCAGCUGCUCCAGCCCCGUCCUCGUAAGCGGGGUCUUGUCUCUGAAGGCGCAGACCGCCAGGACGCCGUGUUUGCGCCUGUUCCGGACCCACCAGGCUCUGAGGUGUCAGGGUGCCGCCAGUCCAGGGAUUCCUUACAAACAGCUGACAGUCGGGGUGCCCAAGGAGAUCUUCCAGAAUGAGAGGCGUGUGGCUGUCUCCCCUGCUGGGGUGCAGGCCCUCAUCAAGCAGGGCUUCAGCGUGGUGGUGGAGUCCGGGGCUGGAGAGAGCUCCAAGUUCUCCGAUGACCAGUACGCUCAGGCUGGGGCCACCAUCAAAGGGACCAAAGAUGUCCUGGCUUCCGACCUUGUGGUCAAGGUGAGAGCUCCUAUUUUUAACCCCUCACUGGGCGUCCAUGAGGCCGAGCUGCUGAAGGAAAACUCCACGCUGGUGAGCUUUAUCUACCCGGCCCAGAACCCCGAGCUGAUUGACAAGCUGUCCCAGCGCAGGGCCACUGUGCUGGCCAUGGACCAGGUGCCCCGGGUGACCAUCGCCCAGGGCUACGACGCCCUCAGCUCCAUGGCCAACAUCGCUGGGUACAAAGCAGUUCUCCUGGCAGCGAAUCACUUUGGCCGUUUCUUCACCGGCCAGAUUACAGCAGCUGGAAAAGUGCCUCCCGCAAAGGUCCUGAUCAUUGGGGGUGGUGUAGCUGGUUUAGCCUCUGCAGGCGCUGCCAGAGCCAUGGGCGCUAUAGUGAGAGGAUUCGAUACCAGAGCGGCUGCCCUGGAGCAGUUUAAGUCUCUUGGCGCAGAGCCCCUGGAGGUGGACGUGAAGGAGUCUGGAGAGGGGCAGGGAGGAUACGCCAAGGAGAUGUCCAAAGAGUUCAUUGAAGCCGAGAUGAAACUCUUCGCCAAGCAGUGCCGGGAGGUGGACAUCCUCAUCAGCACAGCCCUCAUCCCUGGGAGGAGAGCCCCGAUUCUCAUCACCAAGGAGAUGGUGGAGAGCAUGAGGGACGGCUCUGUGGUGGUGGACCUGGCUGCUGAAGCUGGAGGGAACAUUGAGACCACUGUGCCAGGGGAGCUGUCCGUGCACAAGGGGGUGACUCAUAUUGGCUACACAGACCUGCCCAGCCGGCUGCCCACCCAGGCUAGCACUCUGUAUUCCAACAACAUUGUAAAACUCCUGAGGGCCAUCAGCCCGGACAAGGAGCGGUUUGCUUUUGAGGUGAAGGACGAGUUUGACUAUGGUACUAUGGACCAUGUCAUCAGAGGCUCGGUGGUCAUGAAGGAUGGCAAAUUCAUCUUCCCGGCUCCGCAGCCAAAAAACAUUCCCGUAGCGGCUCCUCCCAAGCCCAAGAGCGUUCAAGAGAUCGAGGCUGAAAAGAGGGCAGCCAUUUCCCCUUUCAGGGCUACCAUGACCACUGCCAGCGUUUACACGGGGGGUAUUGGCAGUCUGCUUGGGCUUGGAAUUGCUUCUCCAAAUGCCGCCUUCACUCAGAUGGUGACAACCUUUGGCCUGGCUGGAAUUGUGGGAUACCACACGGUGUGGGGUGUCAGUCCGGCCCUCCACUCUCCACUUAUGUCCGUGACCAAUGCUAUCUCAGGUCUCACUGCAGUGGGUGGGCUCUCUCUGAUGGGAGGGGCCUACACACCGACCAAUACAGCAGAGGUCCUGGCCGUGCUGGCAGCCUUCAUCUCCUCUGUCAACAUUGCUGGUGGUUUCUUGGUUACGCAGAAAAUGUUGGACAUGUUCAAGCGCCCUACUGACCCACCAGAGUACAACUACCUGUACCUCUUGCCUGGUGCAGCUUUCGUGGGGGGGUACGGCACUGCCCUCCAUAGCGGAUACAACAUUGAACAGAUGAUGUACCUGGGCUCGGGCUUGUGCUGUGUUGGAGCUCUGGCGGGCUUGUCCACCCAGAGCACAGCUCGGCUGGGCAAUGCCCUAGGGAUGAUCGGCGUGGCCGGGGGGCUGGCUGCCACACUGGGGUCACUGAAGCCAUCCCCGGAGCUCCUGGCACAGAUGAGUGGGGCCAUGGCAGUGGGUGGCACCAUUGGUCUGACCAUUGCCAAGCGUAUCCAGAUCACAGACCUGCCUCAGCUGGUGGCUGCCUUCCACAGCCUGGUGGGCCUGGCGGCCGUGCUGACCUGCGUGGCUGAGUACAUGAUAGAGUUCCCCCACUUUGCCACUGACCCUGCUGCCAACCUCACCAAGAUCAUCGCCUACUUAGGCACCUACAUUGGGGGCGUCACCUUCAGUGGCUCCCUCAUCGCUUACGGCAAGCUGCAGGGAAUCCUGAACUCAGCGCCACUGAUUUUGCCAGGACGUCACGCCCUGAACGCAGGGCUGCUAGCAGCCAGCGUGGGUGGCAUGAUCCCCUACAUGAUGGAUCCCAGCUACACCAUGGGCAUCACCUGCCUCGGCUCAGUGUCGGCGCUCUCCGCCAUCAUGGGCGUGACCCUGACUGCAGCCAUCGGAGGAGCGGACAUGCCGGUGGUCAUCACAGUCCUGAACAGCUACUCGGGCUGGGCGCUGUGCGCCGAGGGCUUCCUGCUCAAUAACAACCUGCUGACCAUCGUGGGCGCUCUCAUCGGCUCCUCUGGCGCCAUCCUCUCCUACAUCAUGUGUGUGGCUAUGAACCGUUCCUUGGCCAAUGUGAUCCUCGGAGGAUAUGGAACAUCAUCUACAGGCACUGGAAAGCCUAUGGAAAUCACCGGCACCCAUACAGAGGUCAACCUGGACCAAACUGUAGAGAUGAUCAAGGAGGCCAACAGCAUUAUCAUCACUCCAGGUUAUGGUCUGUGUGCUGCCAAGGCUCAGUACCCCAUUGCCGAGCUGGUUAAGGUGCUCCAGGAACAGGGAAAGAAAGUGAGGUUUGGUAUCCACCCAGUGGCUGGCCGCAUGCCAGGCCAGCUGAAUGUGCUGCUGGCAGAGGCUGGAGUGCCCUAUGACAUGGUCCUGGAGAUGGAUGAAAUCAACGAGGACUUCCCAGAAACGGACCUGGUCCUCGUCAUCGGUGCGAACGAUACUGUGAACUCGGCAGCUCAGGAAGACCCCAACUCCAUCAUCGCAGGCAUGCCCGUCCUGGAGGUGUGGAAGUCGAAGCAGAUCAUUGUGAUGAAGAGGUCCCUGGGUGUGGGCUACGCUGCUGUGGACAACCCAAUCUUCUACAAGCCCAACACAGGCAUGCUGCUGGGAGACGCCAAGAAAACAUGUGACGCCCUGCAAUCCAAGGUCCGAGAGGCCUUCCAGUAAUCAGUCCAGGCUUGGAAAAGGGAUGCAGUGUGCACAGAUCCCACAUAUAAUAACCCAGAAAGGGCAUACAGUAGACACAAGCAGAAAAAAAUACAUGGUUAUACUCUCUUCCCUAUUAGUUUAGGAGACCAUGUGAAUUAGAGGUUAGCCCAAUGUUUUUUUAAAAGCAUUACAUUUGCUAAAAUUUUUCAAUUGAUAUUUUUAACAGCAAGCGAAAUCUUCAAAAGGUAGUGCCACAUUUCAUUGAAUCCAGUGUUAACUCAACCUUCCUCGCCUUUUCUCCCUGUCGAAUCGCUGUACUGGAGAAAUCUUACUGUAGCAUAAGGUUUUUCGAGGAAGGAUCAAACAGAAGUUGUAAGUCGUCCAGUUUGAACAUUUUAUUACUAAUACCCGGAUGGGUAGCUAAUUAUUUAAGUUCACCUUGAAGUUGAAGACUGAACUAAAAAUUUAUGAAUCAAAAUUCAUGGAACUAUUUUUUCGUCAGUUUAGAAUGUGUUGUGAGUUAGAAUUGUGUUCUUGUUGUGAGUUCUACAUGCCGUUUGGGACUUCAUGUAGUCAACGCAGUGAAGGAAGUGGUCUGUAGCUGUCAAGGAGUGAUAUUCAGCGUCAUCUGAAAGAGUCAAGAGAAAUGCUUUCAGUAUUAAACAAAUUCAAAGGUAAAGCGGGAGAGUUGACAAAAACCUUCAUUGAUGCCACACGAAGAGUAAUAUUUUCUCAAAACGACAUCACGUACACCUGAAGAAGACAGCAAUACUUCAUUUCGCAUUAAAGCUUAGACAACUCAAGGGCUAAUAUUCAUAUAAUGAGGGAAUAUUUGCAAAUUGCAGCUCUUUAUAAUGUAUGCUUGUGUAGAGACAAGUACACAGAAGCAAAACUACCAAUAGACUGGUGGUUGUGACUUUUCUUGUUAAUGUUAAAUUCUAAAAAUGUUAAAUGAUGAACAGCCCAUACUCCACUAAUGGGUUUCCCAAUCGGGCAUUAAAAAUCAGUUAUUACCAUCUGUAGAACUACCAAUUUCAAAGCAUUAGAUAUAAUGUUCAGGCAGUAAACAUUGUGUUUGGUGGGGGAGAGGCAGCAUUAAUUUUUUGUAUGCGCCAACAUGAUUUUUAUUAUUUAAAAUUGGCUGCACAGAACUCUUCGAGGUAUUGCCAAAGUAAUGAAAUGCUGACAGUCUCUAAAAGUCUUGCGAUCCAUUCCAUUUGCUCCUCAGUGGAAGGCGUUAAACUUAAGGUGGGUUUAAAAGCAAAUCAUCUUUAUUGUUUUUAAACAAACCUUAUCUGAAUAUGUAUACUAGGAACUUACAUGUUGCAUAAAAAUAGAUAGAUAAGUUAACAUGCAUGACCAUCACAACAUCCCUACCUCUGUAAGCUUGAUAACCUGACCAGUUCUUGCAGUUUCUUUAGAAGAGACUUGUUUCACCCGCAAUACUUUUUUGAUAGCUGCAUCAAACAUAGGCAUGGUUUCUCAGCAUCCCCUGUAUUUGGUAGACUUGAGUUUUUGCUUGCUGAAGCAGCCCAGCUGUAUGUUUUUACACCUAGAUAUUGUUCAGUGCACUCUUGUUAAAUCAAAAAGACUGGGAACAUUUUACUUCAAGGCUUAAGUUGCAAAUCCUGUGUCUAUGAAAAUAGAAGGGUCCAGUAAGCUAAGGGAGGUUUUACUUUCUUGGUCCAGUAGGCUUAACUGCAAACUGUUUUCUAGUACUUUUUAUACACAUCUUGUUCCUGUUCAUUAAGACUGUUAUGGUUAAUACCAGGUUCGUGAUGACAAUUCAGAGUUGAAUUCAGCCAAGGAAUGCAAUUAAAUGGUUUUUAUCUUCAGACAGUUUAUCAUGGAACCUCAAAGACAAUAAAGUGACCUGACAACAA